AAUGUUGCAAAUAUAUUAGUUAGUCGAUUGUUUGUAACAUUCAUUGAUGAUUGUACUCGAGUUAAUUGGGUCAAUAUAUUGAAACAAAAGUCUGAAGCUACCUAGUUUCUACAUUUCUUCUCAAUGGUUAAAACUCGGUUCGGAGUGAGUAUUAAGAUAGUCAUGUCUGAUAAUGCCAAAGCUUACUUUAUUCACGAGUUUAAUUCUUUUUGUCAAAAAGGGUAUUAUUUAUGAGUCUUCUUGUAUCACAACCCCCUAACAAAAUGGGGUUGUUGAGAGGGAAAACGGACACUUUUUAGAUCAAACUCGAGCCAUGUUAUUACAAAAUCCUAAGAAAUUUUGGGGGGAUGCGGUUUUAACUGCAUCUUAUCUCAUAAAUCGUUUACCUUCUAUUGUCUUUGACUCCAAAACUCCUACGGAAGUUUUAUCGUCAUUCUAUCCUUAUAUGCCCACUUCCAAUAAUCUCACUCCUAGAAUAUUGGGUGUACCUCAUUUGUCCAUAUCCAUAGUGAUGGUAGAAGUAAACCGGUUCUAAUCAAUGCCCUUACCAUUAAUUUCCACAGAAGGAGUCAAUUAUCUAUCUAGAAACAUAACUAGGAUGACGUGAUCUCGACACUCGUUCUAGGAACGAUCUGGUGCGAAAGUAGGCUUCCUUUGACGGGUGGGGAAAGAAACAUUCAUAAUAGAUAUUUUCUCGGACACUCAAGUCGGUAUGUGAUUGAGGAGUAUAAAAUGUGGCAAAUUGUGGUUGUAACUACUUCCAUGAAACCUAGUGUGGAUUGUCUAAGUCGGUUGGAGAUCGAUUUGACGGCUAGAUCAACCAAGGGCAUUUCUUUUGUGCGGUAGGCGCGCAUAUGACUGCCCUUAAGAGUUCUUAAGGGGGUAUAACCAGUUAAUGGGUCUGUCAUAUUGGGCCAUUAUACGGUCUGGAACAGUUUUAAAAAGGGGCUCAAGCAAAUGGUUCAAUCACAACAGGAAUGCCUCAGCAAGAAGUAGAAUCAGACAUGCAACCGCUUGAGAAUGAUGCAACUGCUGCACAACAGACAGCUUCUUCUGCACAAUCAAAGUAUACAAGGUUCUGGAAGGGAAGCUUAACAGAACUAAGGCAAGGACAGCGAGUAUUAAUCACCAAACUCGAAUGUUCCAGGAGUUCUUCUGCCUCUAAGACACUUACAACAAACUGGCCUUCUGACAUGCAAAUAGUUCGGCUUAUAUCUCAAGAGCGCAUGACUAUACACAAGCAACAUGCAAGAAAGGAAGAUCUCCUAGUUUUUCGGCCAGUGAACCCAGGUCGUUCUCUUAGUCACCUGAAGGAAAAGAAGCUGGGUGCAGUUAUUCAAUUGCCAUCACAGACAUUGCUGCUAUUUGUUUCUGAAAAACCCAACCAGUUGAUUGGGAUGUUUAUUCCUCAGUUACAGCUUUCGCAACGGCGACUGCAGCUUCAACAACUUCCUCAGCAGCAGCAAGAAAUGCAACAUCAACACCAGCAGAAUCUUGUAGAAAUGCAGCAGCAGCUUUCACAACUUCGAUUGCAGCGUCAACAACUUCCUCAUCAGCAGCAGCAAGAAAUACAACAACAACAUCAACAGAAUCUUCCACAAUUGCAACAACAGCUUUCACAACUGCGACUGCAACAUCCACAACUUCCUCAGCAGCAGCAAGAAAUGCAACAACAACAUCAACAGAAUCUUCCACAAUUGCUGCAUCAGUUUUCACAACUGCAACUGCAGCAGCAGAUGGUUGGUGUCGGAAUGGGUCAAACCUGUGUUCAAGGUCCUGGACACUCACAAAUGGUUUCCCAGGGUCAAGUUUCAUCACAACGAGCUACAAACAUUGAUGGAAGGAAUUUCAUGAGUUAGCUCAUUUUCUAAUUGUUUCCCCAGGAUUGAAAAAGUCACAAAACACAAGUACUUAGCUUAUUUUCUCAUUUUCUUGCAUAUCAGUUUCAACAUUAAAUGUAUAUUCAUACGUUACUAGUAUGCAAUCGCAAGUACUUAGCUCAUAUAAUUUAUGCCAGACAGUGAUAGGUUUGGUU